AUGGCAACUGUGAAGCAGCUUAUCAUUUUCUCAGUUGUGCUCUCAGUUAAGGCAUCCAGUGAUGUGUACAAGCUGGUUAACAGUUCUGUUCAACUGGACACACAAGAUAAAACCGAUCAGUUUGAUCUAUUCAAGUGGAUGUUUAAGGGUGACAUUAUUCUAAGAUACCUCGGUGAGAGUAAAUUCAUUAAGAAACUUGAUGCUUAUAAAGACCGGGUGGAGUUUAAUACUGAAACACUGAGUUUAACACUGAAGAACUUACAGAAGACUGAUAGUGGACUGUAUGAAGCAAGAGCUGAAAGUGGGCAGGAGAAAGUUGUGGCUCGUUACACACUGUAUGUUUUGGAUCCAGUGAAGAAACCAGAACUUUUUUCCAUUUACCAGCAGAGCCGUGACUCCUGUAAUGUGACGUGUUUAGGUCUCACACUCUCAAUCACCUCAAGCUUUGACAAAAAAACCUGUAAUGAGAGUGAGACAUUAACUGACGGUGUCUCCUUUACACUUUCUUUCUGUGUUAAUGGCAGCCAUAUCAUCUGUAAUCAUAGCCACCCAGUCAGCUCAAAAGUGUUUUCGGCGGAGAUAAAUCAAUUCUGCCCUUUUGAGCCUAAAUCCAUAACAUCCAGUGAUGUGUACAAGCUGGUUAACAGUGAAGUUCAGCUGGACACACAAAUUGAAAACUUUCAGUUUGAUUACUUCAGGUGGAUGUUUAAGAGAGAUGAUAUUCUGAUAUACUUCAGUGGGAGUAAAAUCAUAAUUAAAUAUGAAGGUUAUAAAGACCGGGUGGAGUUUAAUACUGAAACACAGAGUUUAACACUGAAGAACUUACAGAAGACUGAUAGUGGACUGUAUGAAGCAAAAGCUGAAAGUAACAAGGUGAAAACUGUUGCUCGUUACACACUGCAUGUUUUGGAUCCAGUGAAGGAACCAGAACUUACUCCUGUUUCCCAGCAGAGCAGUGACUCCUGUAAUGUGACGUGUUUAGGUCUCACACACUCAAUCAACUCAAGCUUUGACAAAAGAACCUGUGAGGAGAGUGAGACAUUAACUGAAGGUGUCUCCUAUACACUUUCUCUCUGUGUUAAUGGCAGCCAUGUGAUCUGUAAUCAUAGCAACCCAGUCAGCUCAAAAGUGUUUUCGGCGGAGAUAAUUCAACUCUGCCCUCGUGAGCCUGAAUCUAUAACAUCCAGUGAUGUGUAUAAGCUGGUAAACAGUUCUGUUCAACUCGACACACAAGAUAAAAUUGAUCAGUUUGAGCAAUUCAGGUGGAUUUUUAAGAGUGACAAUAUUCUGAGAUACUUCAGUGGGAGUAAAUCCAUAACAAAAUAUGAAGCUUAUAAAGACCGGGUGGAGUUAAAUACUGAAACACUGAGAUUAACACUGAAGAACUUACAGAAGACUGAUAGUGGACUGUAUAAAGCAAGAGCUGAAAGUAACAAGAUCAAGGAUGUGGCUCGUUACACACUGCAUGUUUUAGAUCCAGUGAAGGAACCAGAACUUACUUCUGUUUACCAGCAGAGCAGUGACUCCUGUAAUGUGACCAGUUUAGGUCUCACACUCUCAAUCAACUCAAGCUUUGACAAGAAAACCUGUGAGGAGAGUGAUGCUAUCACUACUACAUGUGGAUCUGUUUGUCUGCUGAAGAUAGUGCUGUAUUCUGUGGGUCUGGUUCUCAUGAUGUCUGCAGUGAUCACCGUCCACAUUAGAGAGAGACUCAUCAAACCAGAGAUAGAGCAACACAGAGAAUAA